AUGGAUCCCAACUCGCUCUUUUCCAACGUCGGUGCCUCCGCCACGGGCUCCAUCAUCUCCAAGCUGGCCUGCUACCCCCUCGACACCAUCGCGGUCCAGUACCAGACGUCGACGCGCCGGCCCCUCCUCUCCAUCCCGCUCAGGGCGUACUACCGCGGCAUCGGCGUGACCAUCUUGACCGUCACCCCGGCCACGGCCCUCUACCUGACUACCCGCGAGGCGGCCCAAUCGGCCUUCUUGCCGCACCUGGGCGACGGGAGUCUGAACGACGCGCUGAGUGGCUGCGUGGCCGAGUUGGCCGGCAGCGUCCUGUUCACGCCGAUGGAGGUCCUGAAGGCGCGCCUGCAGAUCUCGCGGAGUGGACGGGAGGGGAGGCUGAUGUACCAGUUGAGGGACAUUGCAGCGAAGGAAGGCUGGAAGGGCUUUUACCGGGGAUACGUAAUGGGCAUCGCGAGUUACAUCCCCUUCAACAUCCUCUGGUGGACGACCUACGGCAAGAUCAGGCGCAGCAUGACGGACAGCGCUCCCUCGGUGCAGAUCGCCUGCGGAGCGGCCUCGGCCGCCUUCUGCUCGGCCGCCUUCAUCCACCCUCUCGAACUCGUCAAGACCCGGUACCAGGUCGCAACCAGCGACACGGUCGCAGCCGCCGGCGUCGUGACGGGGUCCCGGACUUCGGACCGGGAGGGCCUGCGCCAGGUGAUGCGGAACGUGAGGGCCGAGAGCGGGCUCCGGGGCUUCUACUCCGGCUUCUUGCCGACCGUGUUGCGGAGCGUGCCGAGUUCGAUCAUCAUGAUGAGUGUUUUUGAGCAUUUGAAGGCGAAGCGGACACCAACAAGCGUCGACGACCCUGCUUUAUAG